GGACCAACCCUCCAUGGCGGCCCCCCCCAAUCCGGCUUCCCCUCAGACACUGCUGAGGGGGUCCGGCAGCCCGGGCCGCCAGGGGGCGCUGUCGGCCGGGCACGGCCGGGCGGGGAGAGGCGGAGCUCCCGGGUCGGCCGGCGCCGGGUCCCCAAGAUGGCGACGGGUCCGUCCCUCAGCGCCGCCGAGCGCUACCGGCCCAACCGCUUCGUCUCGCUGCCGGCCGAGCUCGACCCCAGCACCUUCGAUGUGUCUCCGGAGAGGCGUCGCGCUGAGGCCGAGCGCUUAGCUAUCCGCGCCCGGCUCAAGCGGCAGUACCAGCUGCAGCUGCACAACCCCGACGCUCCGGCCGUUAUCGAAAACCCUGCCCUGACCCGCUGGGCCUAUGCCAGGACGCAGAACGUGUACCCCACCUUCCGCGCGACACCGAAGACGUCCUUCCUAGGGCUUGUUUUUGGCAUAGGCCCUCUGCUCUUCUGGGCUGCUGUCUUCAAGUUGGAAAGAGAUCACAAAGAGAAGCUUAUCAAAGAAGGUAAAUACAAGCGACCGCUCAGUCUAUUUUAAGUUCCUGGAACUGCAGUGCUGCGUAUGGCAUGUAAAUAAAAGAAGAUGUAUUGUUACAUGCUGACAUUUCUCCUUCAUAAGAAUAAGUCUUAAAAGCUUGUUGGUUGUCUUGCAUCUGUAACAAUUAAGGAAAGUGCAGAAAUGCAGGAUCUUUAUAUCUGACACAGAUAGAUACAGAGUGCCCUGAGCAAAACCACUCUACUCCUUUGGUCUACAUACAGAGGCCUCUUAAACUGUGGAAGUUGCUGCUGUCAGAGCAGCACAGGCUGAAAUGUUAAGCAGGCCCAAAGCAGUUCCUACAGAACUGCUGCUUCCCUACUAGGUAUUUCUUCCUGGCAUCGGUUUGACUCUGUAGUUUGCCCUAAUGGGAUAAUAGGCAAGUUCGGUGAUAAUCUUUAAUAACUUCAGGAGCCUGCCUGCCUGCUCUUAAUAAGUCGAGUUAAUUUUUCUUUCCCCUAAUAAAAUGCAAGCCUAAA